AUGAAUAAAUACACUCUUACUUUUAGAUGUGAAAAUUUGGAACAAAAGUAUCAGGAUUUUCGGUAUCUAUAUACUCUUCCUAUAUGUAAAUGUUUGAAUGCAAUUUGUUUUUUGUUGCUCCUAUUUCAAAGUGUUACUUUUAUUAUUCAGAAUCAAAUGGUUGAAUUUUUUAUAUAUCUCUUCCUACUAAUUGUCGUCAUAUCGGCUCAAUUUUUCAUAUUUAAUAACAAAAGAAAGUGGGUAGAUUAUUAUUUGUUAUUGCUAAAUCAUUUUUUGAUGUUACAACAAUAAUUUGUUGAGGAUGAGUUUGAGAAAUAAGAAGCGUUUGUAUUCGGAUAGAAUUAAAUGUUAUUAAAUAUUAUGAUCAUUCUGGUUUCUGAAUUUAAAUUCGGUUCCAUUUAGAUUUUUGGAAACAUGACGAUAAAGAUAGUACUGUCCAAAUAUUAUCAGCCAUCAAUGCCCUAUGUAAACAUAAUUUAUUCUAUUGUCGUCGGAUUGAUGUUCCUCUAUUCAUCAUUUAAAGUACAUUAAUAGUAUAGAUUGUCAUUCUUAUUCAAAGUAAAAGACAGUUAAUAAGAAUAAUUGAUACCCUUAUUAACUGAUAGUCCUUUUGUGCUGUGUACUUAUGAUAAAGAUAACUUGCAAUUUAAAUAAAAAUUCAGUAAUCUCCAAAAUCAUCAGGAGUUUAAAUAAUUUUAGACCACUCAUGAUGCUCUUAAUUUUAUCCUCCGUAACUAUGUGAUAUUUGGGCAGUCUUUGGAGAAGUUUUUGUUGACUCGACAAAAGAAGUCAGAGGAUUUAAUAGUGAAUAAAAUUUUAGAAGUAAAGUCAAUCAACCACACAAUCCAAGAAUAGAAACUAUGUAUUCGCUAUUCAGAAUGUUACAUUACAGAAUUAAUUUUUAUUUUGAUUAUUGAUAAGAAAAGAUAGGAGAUUCAGAAUUUGAAUUAAAAAUUAGUUUACUAUGAAUAAGGUUUGAAUAAAUUCCUAAGCCAUUUUAGAAACUUUUUGAAAUAGCAAAUAUUUAUUUUGGACAAAUCAUUAAAUCAUAAUUAAAAUUCAAUCUAUCAAGCCAUAAUUAAAUUAAUGUACAUUUUUUCAAAGUUUAGGAAUAAAACUUCAUGUAAAAUCACCAAUCAAUCAUUUUUAUUGAGUUUUAAAAAAUAUGCAAAACUGUAUUCUUAAGCCUACGAUUAAAAAAAAAUCAAGAUCGAAUGUUGUCCAGAAAUUAAAGAAAUUUCCACCAUUGAGAAUUCUUUGGAUGAAUUUAUGAUUCAUUUCUUCACUCAUAUAUUUAAAACCAAAGCAGAGAUCAUUUAGAUAUAUCUUUGCAAAUCAUAUGUUUAAUAAAAUGAAUUUAUCGAUAUCAUCAUAAAAGUAGAUAUAAUGUCAGAAUUAUAUAUCGUAUUGUAAAAGAGUACUCAUUUCAGAAAAAUUCUAAAGUCAAUAAGUCCGUAUGAUUAUGUAAUUUUAAAUGAUGACAGUUUGAUAGUUCGCCUGUAUAAAAAUAUGAAUGAAAUUAAUCAAUUAAGUUCAUUUUUAAUAAAAGCAGAAUAAUUUAAAAAAACGACAUGA